CAGUUAUAUAUAGAUUCAUUCUAUAUUUCCAUGAGACACUUUCUGUGCAGCAGACGAAUAUAAUUGAAAACCAGGCCAGCAAAGGGAAGGCGCAGAAAGACAUGGAGAAGAACGAGAUCAAACCCAUCACAGCACAAGAGCCUAAGAUAAACUACAGAGGAAUUAAAGCAUUGCCAUAUGUUAUAGGCAAUGAGACCUUUGAGAAGCUAGGGACGAUUGGCACCUCAACAAACCUUCUGGUCUAUCUCACUACUGUUUUCAACAUGAAAAGCAUCACUGCUACAACUCUUAUAAAUGUCUUCAAUGGCACCACCAACUUAGCUACCUUACUCGGAGCUUUCUUGUGUGAUACUUACUUUGGCCGUUACAAGACCUUGGGAUUUGCCUCAGUAGCCUCUUUUUUGGGGAUGCUCGUGCUGACUUUUACAGCAGGAAUUGCAAAACUGCAUCCUCCCCACUGUGAAACAGAAGAGCCUGGGGGAUGCCAUGGCCCAACACCAUGGCAACUGGCUUUCCUAUUGGGUGGACUCGGAUUUCUAGUUGUUGGGGCUGGUGGCAUUAGGCCAUGUAACUUGGCCUUUGGUGCAGACCAAUUCAAUCCCAACACUGAAUCUGGGAAGAGGGGAAUCAGCAGCUUCUUCAAUUGGUACUACUUUACCUUCACUUUUGCCAUGAUGGUGUCUUUGACAAUAAUUGUGUAUGUUCAAUCCGAUGUGAGCUGGGCCUGGGGCUUAGCCAUUCCUACCUUUCUGAUGUUCUUAUCCUGCGCACUGUUCUUCAUGGGUUCACGAGUUUAUGUGAAACUAAAACCUGAGGGUAGUCCUUUUUUGAGCGUACUGCGAGUUAUAGUUGCUACAGUCAAGAAGAGGAAAUUGAAGUUCCCAGAGCAACCAUGGCUCUCCCUUUUCAACCACAUUCCCCCCAGUUCUAUCAACACUGAGCUUCCUUACACCGAUCAAUUCAGAUUUGUAGACAAAGCCGCAAUCAGAACCCCAGAAGACCAACUAAACUCAGACGGAUCAGCAGCCAAUCCAUGGAGACUCUGCAGUAUGCAGCAAGUGGAACAAGUAAAAUGCUUGAUGAGAGUGAUUCCCAUAUGGGUUUCAGCCAGUAUAUACUAUGUUGCCCUAGUCCAACAGCAAACAUAUGUUGUCUUCCAAGCACUUCAAUUCGACAGACGCCUAGGCAAUACUAGUUUCAAGAUCCCUGCAGCCUCCUAUACUGUCUUCACUAUGCUUGGCCUCACUAUCUGGAUACCUAUCUACGACCGAAUCAUAGUCCCAGCACUACGAAGAUUCACAGGCAAAGAAGGUGGCAUCACUGUCCUGCAAAAGAUGGGUGUUGGCAUAGUUAUUGCCAUAGUCACCACGCUUGUAUCCGCCAUUGUCGAGGAAAGGAGAAGAACUUCGGCUCUCACAAUGCCAGUAGGUAUAGAACCAAGAAGAGGUGCAAUUUCUUCUCUGUCUGGUAUGUGGUUGGUACCUCAGUUGACAUUAAUAGGAUUGUCUGAAGCAUUUGCAGUUGUUGCUCAAGUUGAGUUCUACUACAAGCAAGUCCCAGAAAACAUGAGAAGCAUUGGGGGGUCUCUCUUGUUUGUUGGUUCUGCUGUGUCAAGUUACUUUAGUGGUUUCUUGGUUUCUAUAGUUCACAAAACAACUUCUGGGGCUGCAACUGGAGACUGGUUGCCUGAAGAUCUUAACAAGGGGAGAUUGGAUUACUUUUAUUACUUGGUUGCUGCAAUGGAGGUCCUAAAUUUCGGUUUCUUUAUCAUGUUUGCAAAGUGGUACAGGUACAAAGGAAGUCAAGAAGUUGACAUGGAAAAAAUGCCAUCCGAAAAAUCUACAGUUUGAUACCUGAUCAGCAAUGAUACUGAUCUCCAUCCCAUUUUUAUAAAUUUAGGAUGAAGAAAGACAUUUCACUUGAAACAUCGUUCAACAAUAUCCUUUUUUUUUUUUUCUUUUCUUUACUUUAUUUUGUGAACUAUGUAACAGAAAAAUAAUGCAACAGCAACCAAUUGGCUGCAAUCAUAUAUUAAUGUUCACUGUCAAGAACAUAUAAUAUGGUAAAUAAAGUGCAGGAAUAAUUUGUAUUUUC